CACUGCGGUGAAUUAAUUGCAAAUAGAAUAUGACACCGUUUAAUAAAGACCCACUAUUUCCCCUUCCACAACACACUUCAAUCUCCCGCUACCUAGGGCUGGAAAAUUUUCAAGCCUGGCGCUAGAAAAUUUUCCCCUCCCUUCCCAUCUCCCGCCAUACCUACCUAGGGCUUAUCGAUCUGCUGCCUUUCUAGGGACCUGGAACAUAGUAUAAGAAAAAUGUCUGCUAGAGGUCGAGGACGAGGAGGUCGUGGAAUGACACCUCACAGAGUGACUGCUAGAGCAGUGCUUACUCCUACCGUGUCAUCCAUGCCAAGUAAUGAUCUAGCCCAAAACUCAUCUCUUGCUCCACACAUAUCUGAGUUUGCGCAACCAAAUGUAUCAUUGACACCUGCAGAUGCAUCUGUAACAAAGAAUGUACAUGGAAAAACUAAAAGUUUAGCGCUAGCCAAGAUUCGAGGGCAUGGAGAGAAGGUGAAAUUGGGCUUUUCUAGAAUACUUGGACAACCAUCCAGUGAAAACGAUAAUGACUUGACUAGGUUCACCACAGAGAUAGGUGUUAUUGUUCUGCAAUUUGCUCCUUUAUAGGCAAAAGUUGGGAGAAGGUGUCCCGAGAUGCAAUGGAUAUCUGUAUUGUGCACAUUUGAGUAAGUAUUAGUAACAUGACCUUGUUAUUUGUCGGAGUAGUAUGUUAUAACAUUUGUUGGGAGUUUUGUUGGCCUUUUCAUAUGAAAUUGAGAAUAAUUGGAUACUAGUUGAGUGAGUAUGUAAUAAUAUUCUGAUGCAGUUUUGAGUCUAAGUUGACAUCUAAGUUGCUAUCUUCAUGUAUGCAAUUGACUGGAUGAAUUUGUGAGAUAUGUAGGAAAAUUUUGAUCUUCCUGAAGCAACUUAUGUAGACAAAGCUAUAUUGCGAGCUAUGGGUAAGUGGUAUUGUGACAUGCGAUCCCGUCUCAAGAAGAAAUUUGAGAAUGGAGACGUCAAUUGCCCUACAGAUAUAGAGGAGGUAGAUUGGGCAUAUUUGUCUUACUUAUGGAAAGACUCCGAUUAUGAGGUAUGUGGUAAAUUGGUAGUUGGAAUGAUUCUCUAUAGUUAGGUACUGGUAAUAUCUUCCUGCCUCAAACUCUUGUUACAAAUUCUAAUAUGUAGCAUGACUUUCUUUAUCAUAUAGACGUUGUGAUACUCCUAAUUGGUUAGUGAAAAUGCAGGAAAAGUGUAGCAAGUAUAAGGAUAAUUGAAAAAAACCUAGGAUUCACCACGUCGCUGGAAUGAUUCUCUAUCAUUUCAGCAAUUAUAGAGGUGUUUUUCUGCCUUGAUAGAACAUUUCCAGCAACUAGUUUAUGCUUUAAAUAUGCAGAAACUAAGACACAAUUGUUAAACUUACGUUCUUGAAUACUGAAAUUGAAUUUUAGUUGCAAAGAAUAUGGUAUAAAUGCUGAAAGUGUGAAAGUUAGAAUUUUUUUGGGUGGGCAAAGUUGCACUUUUUAUGGCUUUAGCUCUUCCUUGUUGAGCAAUUGAGGUCGCUCAAUCAGUCUUUACAACUUUUUCGCAAAAAGAAUUUGGGUGUUGGGAAAUCGAAGGUAUAUGGCUGGAGAUACACUUAUGCAUUGGUUAAAUGGUUUUCACUUGUUGAGUGGUAGCACAACAUUACUUUCCAUAUCUCAACUUGUUUCACUGAAUCACUCCUUGAUCCCUAUGAAGUGGUUUAGUCAACCACCGUCAGUUUAAAGCAAUUGUACCAGUGAAAACUAAUAUCUGAAACUCAGUGUGCUUGUGUUCCUUUGCGUGUAUUUCCUAGCUCAUCAAGUAAUUUAAGCCUUAAAUAUGCUAAAUCUCAAACUUAGUUGUUAAACUUAUGU